CCGAAAGGGAAGAGGGGGGGCUUUCGGAAGAGGGAAGAAAGAUAUCGUUAGACCACCUACGCCCAGAGGGCCAGUGGUUUUGCUCUGGCCCUCCUUCUCCUCCUCCUCCGUGCUUAUCAUCUCUCCUCCUCCACGUCCUGUGUCAGUCACCCAGGGAUGCUGUAGUCGUUGCGAGCAGCCGCGUGACGCCCGAAUUAUGGACCGAGACACCCACAAGGGAGUGGAGCCUUGACAUCCAGGUUCGGCCGGUCUUGGGUCUUGGGGUCCUCGCGCAUCGACUGCGGGUCUGAGAAAACAGCACAAAGGUGGGGUCGAAAAUGAUGGUCGUGAAUUCUCGGCGAUGCUUUAAACUUUCUCGACAUCGGAUCUUGGUAUCUUUGUCCACCUCGUCCAUUCCAUCUCCCUCUCCGUCCACCUCUCCCUUCCCUCUCCCUCCAACCUCUCUCAUCCCUCCUGUUAUCUUUCUCGUCUGUCCCCUCCUCUUCCUCUCCCUUCUCCUCCUACGCCUCGGUCCCCCCAUCCCCCUCCUCCUCAUCCUCCUCGUCUCUCCCCUCCUGUUCCUACUCCUCCAGCAAAGGGAAGCGCGCCUGCAUCGGGCAGCAGCUCUCCCUGAUCGAGCAGCGGAUCUGCCUCGCGACCCUGUGCCGCAAGUUCCACCUACGCGUGGACCCCACCACCAAGGUCAGCGUAACCAUGCCGCUGUUCCUGGACCCGCAGGGCAUCUUCCUCAGGUGCGUCCCGCGGGGCGAGGGCGUCGAGCGCCCGCUAUCCUCGGCGCCGCCGCUGGCAGCAGCCGCCCCGCCGCAGGUGGGCGACAUCGGAGACGUGGAGGAGCUGAAGGGGAAGAGGCUGGUGGUCCUCUACGGGUCCAACAUGGGCACGUGCGAGGACUUCGCCGACCGCGCGGCGGCGUCGGGCGGGAGGCUCGGCAUGGCGGUGGAGAAGCACCCCCUGGACCAGGUGCCCUCUGGCCUGUCGCUGCCCAAGGGCGCGGACGGCGUCGUCGUCGUUGUUACCAGCGUGUACAAUGGGACUCCGCCGGACAACGCCCGCAAAUUCGACGAGUGGCUCGACACCUCCAACGCCCAGGCCGCGCUGGAGGGCGUGCGCUUCGGCGUCUUCGGCUGCGGCAACAAGCAGUGGGCGGCCACAUACAUGAAGUUCCCGCGCAGGGUGCAGGAGCGCCUCGAGGACGCGGGCGGCAAGCCGAUCGUCCCUAUGGGCGAGGGCGACAUGGACGGCGGCGAGGCCGAGUUCAGCUUUGUCCGCUGGCUCGUCUCUGUGUCGGUGGCGCUGCUGCAGGCCCAUGGUGCCCAGAUCCCCGAGAGCAUUAAGGAGAGCAUGUACCCCAGAUUCCCUGUCUACGAGGUGUUGCAGAAGCUGGACUCCAAGGCAGAGGACAUUAAGGUCGAGGACGUCGAUGCCAACAUGCAGCAUGGAAGGCGGCAGGCCAUGAAGACCUUUCUGUCUGGCAACAAGGCCUUCCGGGCGGAGGUCACUUGCAACCGCGAGCUCCUGUCGUCCGACGCGCAGGGACGCUCCACCCGCCACAUAGAGGUGAAGCUGCCCGAGGGCGUCAGCUACACCGCGGGAGACCACCUUGGCGUCGUCGGCCCAAAUCCGGACGAGGUGGUCUUCGCGUACAUGGACCAUUUCGGGCUGUCACACGACGCGGUGGUGCGCCUGGAGAUGGAGGAGGGCGAAUCCGUAUCCACGGUCGCCCUGGGAAGGAAGAUGUCCGCCUUCGCCGCGUUCGCCUUCCACUUCGAGCUUCAGCAGCUGGCCUCGCGCCCGCAACUGUUCGCCCUCUCCAAGCUGGCCUCCGAUCCCAAGGAGGCCGAGCACCUUCGCAGCCUGGCGGAGUACGGACGCAACAACAGCGGCGAGGUGCCGGAGGGCGCCGCCGACGAGUACGAGCGGUACGUGCUGCAGGGCAGGCGCACGCUCCUGGAGGUCCUGCAGGAGCACCCGUCCGUCAAGGUCUCGGUGGGUGCGGUGCUCGGGAUGCUGCCCCCGCUGAAGCCGCGGUACUACUCGAUCUCCUCCUCGCCGAAGCACUCGGCGGGCACCGUGACCAUCUCCGUGAGCGUCGUGCAGGGCCCCAGCCCCACCGGCAGGCGCCACCUCGGUCUGUGCUCCAACGCACUGAAGGCGCAGGCCUGCCAGAGGAGCUUCCCGCCCACCGUUCUGCCGUCCCGGCCGCUCGGCGCCAAAGGCUGGGGCAUGCCGAUGUUCAGCUUUGUGAAGGACACGGGCUCCUCUUUCCGUCUGCCCCCCGCCGACGUGCCCGUGAUCAUGGUGGGCCCAGGCACUGGCGUGGCGCCGAUGCGCGGCUUCAUCCAGGACCGCGUCGCCGACGGGAGGUUCCAGAACGUGCUCUUCUUCGGUUGUCGCGACGACUCCGACUAUAUCUACCGCGACGAACUGGAGGCGUGGGAGACGGCCGGCUCCCUGAAGCUCUUUGUCGCGUUCUCGCGUAAAGAGGGGACGCCCAAGACGUACGUGCAGAAUUUGAUCUCGCAGGAGGCGGCGUUGGUGGCAGAGUAUAUCGGGAAAGGGGCAUACUUUUAUGUUUGCGGCGACGCCUCCAAGAUGGCUCCCGAUGUGAAGGCAACCGUAUCCCGCGUGCUCACAGAAGCUGGGUUGGGCAGCGAUUGCGUGCAGAGAAUGUCGGCUGAGGGCAAGUACUGCGAGGACGUUUGGGCUGCUCAGUCUAUGUGAUUCGAUGGUUCAACAUGUUAACCCAUUGUCACCAGUUUAGCGCAUCAGGGUGGACCCCAUGUUUCAAGCGGUUGGGCCGACUGUUGUGUUGGUGAUGCAUGUACAUACAAUAUUGAUUAGAUCUGUUUCCAGCGUACGCCUACAGAACCGACUGAAAUGUUCGGAUGUGGGCGCCGCGAUAUCCUUUCAUGUUCGUCCCAUUACAGCACGGAAGAUAUGUUGUUAAAGCCCGUAGGUGUGGAUACAUUGGCUUGUCUAAGCGACCGACUCAAAAAUACUGAUGGACCGUGAACUCCCACGUCAUCUCCCUCCCUCCCUCCCUGUCUCGCUGCUGCGCUGGCGCUGUCACAACGACGCUUGCAUCCGCGCCCACGAGCGACUAGUGAGGGCGGUCGCCCCCUUCGCCCAGGGUAAGAAGCGGC